GGAGGAUCUGUGAAGUGAAAACGCAGCAUUAUCGGUGGAAAGUUUAACUCUGACUCACUCAAUCCGGCGGAAGUUCAGCUCCGUGAACGCAACAGGUGUCCGUUUCCCUCCGCGGUUAUUCUGUCACUUCUUACUUUUAAAUCUUUUAAAGUUUUUUAAAACAUGUCAAAACUGCGACCGAGACAGUGUGUGCUGGAGAAAGGAACCAGCGGCUACGGGUUCCACCUCCACGGAGAGAAGGGCAAGACCGGGCAGUUCAUCCGGCUCGUGGAGCCUGACACUCCCGCCUCCGAAGCCGGGCUCCUCGCGGGGGAUCGCCUCGCGUUCGUGAACGGAGAGAGCGUGGAGGGGGAGAGCCAUCAGCAGGUGGUCGCGAGGAUACGGGCCACCGCCGGGGCGCUCGAGCUAAUCGUUGUGGACGACGAGACCGCCGAGCUGCUGAAGAAACACAACCUGCAGUGCCGGAAAGAGUACGCCACGGAGGGGAUUCCCCUGCCGGGCGGGGACAGCGACUCGGACCGCGGGGACACACACAGCAACGGCACCCCGAGGGAGUCCACCCCUGCCCCGCGGGAGAACGGGGACUCCUCCUCGGUGAGGUCCGAGAGGCUGAGUGUGAGCUCCAGCACCAAGGAUGAGCGAGGCGGGCUGCGGCCUCGUCUCUGCCGCAUGGAGAAAGGACUGACCGGUUAUGGCUUCAACCUGCACAGCGAGAAGUCCAAACCGGGUCAGUUCAUCAGAGCUGUGGACGAGAACUCCCCAGCACAGAGAGCCGGACUCAGACCGAAGGACAAGAUCAUCCAGGUGAAUGGGAUGUCGGUGAUCGGGUUGCAGCAUACGGAGGUGGUGGCCGCCAUCAAAGCUGGAGGAGAUGAGAGCAGUCUGCUGGUUGUCGAUGCUGAAGCCGAAGAAUACUUUCAGCGCUGCAACGUCCUGCCCACCGAAGAGCACCUCACUGGACCUCUGCCUGAGCCAGUAGUGACGAAGAGGGAGACAGAGAGGGCAUCAGAGGAAGAGGAGGCAGCAGAGGAGAUUAAACGCAGCGUGUCUUUGAGCUCGUCAAGCGCCUCGUCCAACGCCGACCAGCCAGCAGAGACCAGCAGCCCCUCCCCUGCAGAGGCGGAGAGGACCCCCGAGCCGGCCCCCGCAGCCGACAAUCUGGGUCUGGGUCUGUCUCUCGCUCAGGCCAGAGAACGAGCCCACCAGAAACGAUCCGCCAAGAAAGCCCCGUCCAUGGACUGGAGCAAGAGGAACGAACUGUUCAGCAACCUAUAAACAUCCUCCACCGUCUUCAUCUUCAUCAUCGUCGUCGUCAUCUGUCCCGUCUGCUCUCUGGAUCUUACAUCUACGUCCUCGGACUCUGAACAGACCCGUUUUUUAAAGCAUCAGUAUUAUGUGAUGAUUUGAUCUGUUUUAAUUGAGGGGGGGUGGGUUCACCACUUUUUCUGUCAUGUUUAAAAAAAAAAAAUGUCCCAUGCAGGAAUGAAUGUUUAAUAUAUGAAGAAGAAGAACGAGCAGCUCUGACGUGAGGCGGAGCGUGCGAGGGCAGAUUUAGAGAUGAAAUGAAUGUCCGAUUGUCACGCCUGUAAUCAGCGGCUCGCCGAUCUGUGUGAAUGAGAAGCGCUUAAUAAUCGAAUCAUUCCAGGAAACACACGUUUGAAGCGAUCCUUCAACGUGUGUGCGCUCGUCUUUCUGUCACCGUUUAUGAUUCCAGGAUGAGAAAUCUCUCCGCCUCUGUUUUUUUUUUCUUCCAUGUAGCUCUUUCUAGAUUUGUAAAUACAUGAAUAAAUGAUUUUAUCUGGACUGACCCGAGAGAAAUGAAGCUCCUCGGUGAGUCGUGUUUUGAUUCUGUGGCCGACACCGAAGACGUCUGAGGUCGUGUGAAAGUUUAAAAACAAGACCAGAUGUUUUGCUCUGUGCUGUAGGAUGUAUCGAGCGUGACAAAUAUAAGAUUUGGAUCAAAUCUA